UCGGCACUGCUGCUGUCGGCACUGCUGCAGUGCUGGGCUGGGCUGUGGUGAGCGAUGUUGUGACGCAGAUGUGAUGUGUGAUGUACCACUACCAGUCUGAGCGUCACUGUCCCUUGCAAUUCGUUCAUUCAUUCCCUCGCAUAUUGAUUUCUUCGGGUGAUGAUUGCCUCCUCUCCUCUCUACGGUACGCUCCUUGCCUAUGCUGGCUCGCCCCCCCCCCCUUCGCGUCGGAGCGGGUCGUCGCGCAGUGCCCCCGCCCCGCCCCGCCUGUGCCCUGCAGAGUGAAUCUUCCAGGAUUUGAUUUUGAGGUCAAAGUGUCGGUUGAGUGCACGCACACACACACACACACACACACACACGCAGAAGCACAACUAGACUAGAGAGGAAGCUCACUUGCACAUUUCCUCCCUUCUCUUCUUCCU